AACUCCAACACCCAUGAUUCCGUUCGCGCAUCAACGACAACAGCUCGGAUGUUGCGAUAUCGCUGGCAGCCAAAGAUUGCUUUGGUUGCAGAGAUUAGGCUGCUGGGUUGAAACCUUAGUUUAACGUUUUGGUAGAUGCCAGAUUCUGCGGUUUCUCAUUUGCAGCUACAGUUGCAACAAACAGAGGAUUCAGUUUCCUGUCGACUCUGCGUUUGUGUGUGGCGAUGAAAGGCUGUAUCGUGCUAACGCGUUAGCUAACUAAAAUUACAGUUUUAUUGAAGAUGGAAGCAAUUAAAUAGCUUGACGGGAGCUAUGUGGCACCAAAUGGUCACUUUACUUGAAUGAGGAUGGAAAGACUUUUUCGAGCAACGCUGUCACACAAGUUACACGUUGGUCACAUCGCACUCAGAGAUAUUAUCUUCAGAGGAUAACCUGGAUAACCUUACACGAAAUGUCAUAGCGCCAUGAGGAAGUUCUUUGAUUCUCGUCGGGAGCUGGUCAGCGCUGGGCCUGGUUCUGGAGGAGGAGGUGGUAGCUCUGGGUCCAGUCAUGCAGGAGGAAAUUUCAUUGGACGAGCCUUCACCGUCGGGCGACACCAAGUCACUGUUGAGGAGAUUAUCGCCGAAGGUGGUUUUGCAAUCGUGUUCCUCGUACGAAUGAAUCAAGGGGUGCGUUGUGCCCUGAAGAGGAUGUAUGUCAAUAAUGAACAUGAUCUGCAGGUGUGCAAAUGUGAGAUUCAAAUUAUGAAAGACCUUGUUGGUCACAAGAAUAUUGUUGGCUAUCUGGACUCAAGUAUCACAGCCAUGGGUUCAAGGGACGUAUGGGAGGUUCUCAUACUUAUGGAUUACUGCAAGGGAGGGCAGGUAGUUAAUUUGAUGAAUCAGAGGCUACAGACUGGCUUCACUGAGGCUGAGGUGUUGCAGAUCUUCUGUGACACCUGUGAUGCAGUUUCUCGCCUGCACCAGCGAAAGACACCAAUCAUCCACAGAGACCUUAAGGUGGAAAACAUCCUCCUGCAUGACAAGGGCCAUUAUGUGCUGUGUGACUUUGGCAGCGCCACUAACAAGUUCCAGAGUCCACAGACUGAGGGAGUGGCCACUGUGGAGGAAGAGAUCAAAAAGUACACCACUUUAUCAUACCGCGCCCCUGAGAUGGUGAACCUCUACAACAACAAGGUUAUCACUACAAAAGCAGAUAUUUGGGCGCUGGGUUGUUUGCUGUACAAGUUGUGCUUCUUCACUCUGCCCUUUGGUGAAAGCCAGGUGGCCAUCUGCGAUGGCAGUUUCACCAUUCCAGACAACUCGCGCUACUCUUACGAUCUUCACUGCCUCAUUCGGUACAUGCUGGAGCCAGAUCCAGACAAAAGACCAGAUAUCUACCUGGUGUCCUACUUUGCUUUUAAACUAGCUCAGCAGCCCUGCCCUAUACAGAAUGUGAAGAAUUCUCCAGUUCCCACUAAACUUCCUGAACCAAUCAAAGCGAGUGAGGCUGCCGCAGCAAAGAAAGGCCAGAAUAAACCCAGACUGACAGAUCCAAUUCCUACCACUGAAACCUCCAUCACCCCUCGCCAGAGGCCCAAAGCUGCCCAUACCCAGGCUGCUGUUGGCAUCCUACCCAUCCAGCCUGCUGCUCUCACGCCUCGCAAGCGGGCUAAUCUCCGUGGUGGUGCAGCUCAGCCUGUGGGAGUCGGCUUAGACCUUUCUCAGCCAGCUGCAGCUCUACAGUCGCAGAAGGUGCAGACUUCACCUCUGCCACUCAUCCAGUCACAAAACAACUCCGGUCAGGCUGUGGCUCAGCAGAAGCAGGCUGUGCAGCCAGUCACUGCUACCGGAGCAGAGGCUACAGCAGCAGCAGCGGUAGUAUCACCAGUGACCAAAGCUGACAUCCAACCACAAGCACAGCUAACAGUCCAGCAGCAGACCACAUCACCUUCACCUUCUGCAGUCAGCUCCACCUCCCAGCAGGCAGUGCAGACUCCAUCCAGCCCAGCCCCACCCCAGCGCCCAGCUCGACGCAAGCAGGUUAGCCAGGCUCAGCAGCCAGCAGGUCAGCCUUCACCCAACAAACCGGCCUCUGGUCAGCCUCCUGUAUCUCAGCAGCAGCAGAUAACUCAGGUAUCAGCUGCCCAGGCUCAGCCUGCAGCCACUGAGAUCAGCCAACAAUUGACUGAGAUGACUCCACCUGGUUCUCCAAAGACAUCUGAAGAAGGAGGCCACCAUCGCAUCCCGAGUGAUGCCACAGCAAGCAGUGUUGCUGCAGUUGCAGUCAGUGACUCUCAGCAGCCACAAGGAGCUAAUGGAGAAGCCACUCUCCACCAAUCACUUACAUCUCAACCAAGCCCCACUCAGACUCUUCAGCUCGGUGUUGGUGAUGCAGUCCAGGACCAAAGCAAAGCUGGAGCCACUGUUCCUACCUCCAGCAGCACCGCCAACACCCCCACACAGCCUAUGUGGAACCCCUUUGACGAUGACAACUUCUCCAACCUCGCAGCGGAGGAAUUCAGAAGUGAUGACAAAAAUGACAUAAUUUCAGAAACAGAGACAACAUCUUCUGAAGAGCUGAUACCAGGUCUUCAGUCCUCAACUAUGGAUAGUACACCCCAAGAAACUGCUGAAAGACCAUCAACCCUUCUUGAUAUGGAUUCAGGAGCCUCACUGUUGGCUGUGCCAGAUCCAUUUCAUGCCCUGGAGCUGUCAGAUGUACCAGAGAAACUGAUUGAAGGGCUCAAAUCUCCAGACAUGUCUUCACUCAUGCUCCCUGACCUCUUGUCGUUGUCUGAUCCCUUCGGUGGCGCAGUUGAAGAGUCUUCAAAAGACCCUCUUACCGCAGACGACUCCCUCCUGGGCUGCUCGCUGAUCUCCGGUCCAUCCGCUCCUCUGGCAGCGAGCAGUGCCACCUCCUCCGUUUCCUCUGCCCCCACCUCUGCUGCAUCUGCUUUGGAUGAUUUCAGUCUGUUGUCUGGAGACUCUGCACAGCCUAAAGCAGACUCAUCUCUCCUGAUCUCAGACUUUGAGCCCCAGCCACCCAGUGCAGAGGCAGGCACAGAGGAUGAGUUUGAUCCUAUUCCUGUCACCGGCCGAAAGAAUUCCCAAGACCUGCAGAGGGAGCUCGUCAAUAAUGCACAGCGAGUCGCUGGGACUUUGGCAUCUGUGCAAUUCUCGGAGGAGAAACAGAGGUCGAGCUUCCAGCAGAGGACUGCUCCAUGUGUCUAUAAUAAACACAUGUUGCCAUCAGAUGACAGGAGCAUACAGCACCACAUGAUACCAACUACUUCCACCAGUCUUCAUUUCAUACCUGUCAAAGGAGUACCGCAGUUUCAGUGCCCAGUCAGCCCAGUCACCUCUGAUGUUUUCCAGAUGGCUCCUUUUAAAACACCAGGAAAAGAAAGCAAGAUGGCAUUCAGCUCCUCUUCUGCAUCUCAUAAACCUACUGAGACAUCUGAUGUUUUCCUCCUGGCACCAUUUGGAAAGAGGCAGGAAACCACCAAAGCUGGUCCUACUUACACUAACACAUUUACACAGCAGAUUCAACCCAGAAAACCGUGUCACCUGGUGCCGGUAUCGCCUCUUCCUGCUCCUCAGCCUGGCAGUAUUCGGCCCCAUCCUCUGCACAUGGAGGCGCCUCUGCUCCAGCAGCCGGUGGCUGUGCACAGGGUUGUCUCCAGGAUAGGUCAACAGGCUGCCGUGGGUUCGGUGGCUGUGGGGCCUCUGUAUUCCUGGACGAUAGGGGGUAGGGCGCUGGAUGACCCGUUUAUGGCAGCACCUUUUCAGCCUAGAUCCUCUCAAGGAAAACCUUGAUUAUGUAAUCUCCUAAAAAUGCCAAGUCAGUGCCUUUUCUGCAGCUAGUGAAGCAGCAAAAGUCAGUUGCAGUAUUACCUAUUUUUAAUGUAGAAUUACUAUUGUCAUAGUACUGUAGUAUUAAAAUGACUGAAUUAUUCUUUUACCAAUUAUGUACUUGUUUAGACUUAAGGUUCUACCUCAGUGAUCUGGUUCAGUUUCCAUCAGAGCACAACAGUGCAUCAUUCCAGCACUUUGCAAAAUGAUCUUAAGUGGUUUGGUCCUUGAGUCAUUUUGAAAAUCAUUUUAGCCAAAGGGGGUUUGUUAAUGGCACAGUCUGUAAUCUCUUUGACUGCAAUAAUUGCAGUUAAUUUGAAUGUGCUGUUGAACACAUCUAGAUGAAUAACAAGCUUUUUGUAUUUUUCUCAUUUUUAAAACGCGUAUCCAUUGCAUCAUAAAACAUUAUUAGCUAAAUUAGCUGUUUUCAGUUUUGUUCUAUUUCAAAAACUUGUUAGAUUACAGACUGUGCCUUUAAUUUCCCCGCUGUAGGUUUUACACAAUGGAUCCAACCAUUGUGAUACAAGUCAAAGGAACAUCAGAUGUAACUGUGUGAAAAAUGUUCAUACAAUGAAAGGAGGGAAAAUAUUUCUUCAGUUACUUUCAUAUUACCAGAGGUAAAGCAUCUAACUUAUUAUAGCAAUUUUCAGAAAAGACAGAGGUGUUACAAAAAUGUCUGGUCAAGGACUUCAACGAUUUCAUGUCCAAUAUACCUGCUUUACUGCUUAAUACUUGUUAGCGGGUUGCUGCUGCCAUUUUCACACAAACUGCACCAGCUUUUCAAGACAUUUGUAGUUGUCUUGAAAGGAUUUUUAACAAUGUUUUUUCAUCUUUGGUGUCUGUAUUUUAAAUGAAACAUAUGAUGAUUCACUGAUGUCUUGCAGCUUAAGGUGAUCUCAAUAGGUGAAAAGCGCAAAGAAGAAAAAGUGCCAUCUUUAACAAGUUGUUGUGAGUUUCUAUUAAAGUAGUAAGAUUUGAAACGA